CCUCUCCACCCAGCAGAUGAUCGUCUAAUAAUAUCAUCGAUCGGGCAAUGGUUGUGGUGAGAUCGUCCGGUCCAUCGGCUCAGCCUCCCUCUCCGUCGUAUCAUCACGUUGGGAUCAUCUGAAAGAGUUCAAUCCCUUUGUUCACUAUACGAGACUGAUGAUUAUAAGAUGAUCCAUCUUCCCCCCUGUAGCUGACGGCGGUCAUCUUCUACCCUCAUUCCUGAAGAUUACCAGCAGACAACCAUGAACUCCUCCAAGCACGAUCCGGCUUUGCCUGCUUACAGGAAACACCACCCAACGCCCUCCAUUGACAGUACACUGGAGAACCUACCAGAGGGCAAUUCUCAUCUCUACCAUGUAUACAACACCUACUGGCAAAACCAUUACAACGUCACAACGGUUGACAAGCGUCAAUUAUACCAUGUGGAUAAUUCUUCGUGGACACCAAAAAAGCCCGACCUAACCCUUCAUGCGGGGGCCGACAACAACGCGCCGACCGUGGCGGUCUGCAAGUUCAAACAUUUCUCGCGACGCUUCCACGUCGGCCUGGGAGACCCGCAGAAUCCUAACAAAAUGGACUGGGAGGAGGUCGCCACCCAAAGCGUCAUGCACGAGAGGUACCGGUGGCAUAUCAACCUCCCGAGUGGCAGGCAGGCUUUCGUUUGGAAACAGACGCGCUCCGUCGGUGUGGACGAGUCCUUUUCCGGGCUCUGCGGCACCAACUUCAAGCUCGAGGACGACCGGACUGGACGUCUUGUGGGGCUGUUCUCGAGUACCGUGAUGAGUUUGAAGAAGUCGGGCAAGUUUCGAGUUACUGCAGACUAUGGGAAUGAAUUCGUGGUCAUGGCUCUGAUUACCGCGCUGGGGUUAUACGAGAGCGCAAGACGCCGCCAAGCUGCGGCCGGCUCCGGCGGCGGCGGCGGUGGUGGAGGAUAAAUACCGCCUCGUCUUUCUUUGUUCUGUUAUGCUGUUUUAUAAGAUACCAUGUGUAGAUAGUUCAGUUCUGAUGCAAUGCAUUUCAUUUGCUGUUAUCA